AAAGUUAUGUUAUGGACCAACAUGAUCGAAUCUUAGCCUUCUCCUUUGGUUCGUCGUAGUCUUCAUCGUGGUUAGACCCACGGCCAAGCCCACGCCCACUAAGCACUACCAUAGACACUCGCAGUCACUCUUGCUCUGGUCCGUCUCGCUCCCGUACGCAUAGUACCCCCAUUCCUUCGAAAAUCAAACCUCAGAGAGAGAAAGUUUGAGUAAAGCCAAACAAGCAAGGGAAGAAGAAAAAAAAAAAAAACAUACACCCAGCGAACACAAACGAAAAAGAAGGGGGAAACUCUGAGCGAGGAACAAAUUUUUUUUUUCUUCCAAAACCACUUUUCAGAGGGGGCCAAUAUACGAUGAGAAAUUGCAAUAGCAAGCUUUCCAUGGCUGACAUUUGCGCCAACUCCCUUCUCUUGUAGGUCAAUUUUUAUUGAUUGUGUGUUGUGAGAGAGUGAGUGAAGGCGGGGGGAGGGAACGAAGGAAGGGGGAAAAAAAAGAAAGAAAACCCUAGGUGAGAGAAACCAAGUGUCAAAACUCACGAGCGGGGGGGAACGACGAGGUUUCAAAUUUGCCCCACUGCCGUUGCCCUAAGCUUCUUCGAAGCUUUCGCAAUUCAGGUGAAUUCCUUGCUCCUUACGUGUUGCUCUGCAAACCCUAGAAUCCUGGCGCAGUGCUGAAUUCGUGGCAAAUUCUGCGUGAUUUCGCGAAAUUAGGGUUUGUUUUGUCUGGGGCAAGCCACGCCAAUGCGUUUUAGUUGUGCUGGUGUUGUGCAUUUUGUUUGAGUACUCCAGGAAUACCCCCUCUCCUCUCUGUCAACUGCUGCCCUGUUGCUUCAUUGUUCCAGGGAGUUUCAAUUGCUGUAACUAAGCUUUGCUCGUGUCUGUGAUCCUGAGCUACUUCAGUUCAUCACUUAUUGAGGGAAUGUUGCGGACUUAGUUGUUUAUGCUCAUCCAGUACAUACUCAUGGCAGCAUGCUCAUUUACUCUGUCUUCCCGGGUUGCAGGACAGUUGGUUAGCUUCUUGUGCUGAGUGUUCCUAGGACACAUUUCAUGUUUGUAGUGAUUUUUUUUUUGAUUGGGACUGGAUAUCAUUUCGUGGCUCGGCUCAGCCCAGCCCAGCCCGGCCUUUCCGUUAAACCUCUAACCAGAUAUAUACUUAAUCUUGUUAUGGCCGGCACCCUGGUUGUGGGUAUGAAGAGCUUCAUUUAUCUGUUCUAGGAAAAAUGGGUGCACUGUUGGUCGUUGUGGUGCUGACGAAGAGGUAUUGUUAUUAUAGAGGGAACAUGGUUAGGAGCUUAUGGUUAAACUUUAGUAAAAUUUAAAAUUUUAUAACAGUAUAAACCUAGGUAAUGUUUGCUGUGCCAAUGUUGAUGCUUGCAUGUAGAACAUAAAAUGCUAGCUCGUCGUUGUUUUCAACUUUGGUGCCAUAUACCACUUGCUGUAUGAGAUUUUUCUGAUGAUGCAUGUCAUAACCUCAAUGAUUCUUAGGCAUUUAGAACAUGUUCUUUCAGAGUUGUUUCUGUGAGACCGCAAGCAUUUGCUAAUAUGUUGGUCCAGAACAUGAGUACAGAGAGUCCAAUGAGUUGGUUUCUGCGAGAGUGCAAGCAUUUGGUAAUAUGUCCGUCCGAAACAUUAGUUCAGAGAGUACAAUGGCUGUAUUGCUCCUCAAAGAGAAUGCUUGACAAAUGCUUCCGUUUAUCAAUAGGGAAGUAAAAUAAUUUGGAAUUUGACUGCAGAUAGUUGAGCUCUUGGUACUUCUUUUGUACAAAGCUUUAGUGAGCUAGAUCAUUUUGCUGUACUUGCAUUUAGGUUUAUCAGCGGCCAUAUUGGUUGAUCAUCCCCAUAAACUAUGAUGAUAUUAGACUGAAUUGCCAUUUUACUCCUCUUCUGCAGGAAUAAAGAUAGGCGUAGCUUGUACAGUGUCAUUGCUGUUAAACUAUUAUUUGUGGCAUUAAUCUGUAAUAGACAUGUACCUUAAAUCAAUUUGUCUGCUAAAUUGAAAAUUUACCUCCUUUAUCUUGCUGCUCAGAUUGUUUGAACCUGAAAUAACUUCCAGAGGACCCUACAUAUUUUCCCAAUAAGACCGGAGCCUAUUUGGUUCUAAGCUUUAUAGACUAGAAAAAUACACUUGUGUCUCUCUGUGUCCACUUUUAUCAGCUCUAAUUGUUUGUCUAAUUUGUUUUCUAAUUUAUAGCUAUCUGAAGCAAUGGUAAAGGAAAGCUGUCAGUUAGUGAGUUAGUAAUGCAUGGAUGUUACUCGCGGUCUGAUUUCUUAGUAAAUGCUGAGGUUGAUUCCAUGGGAGGGGUUGUUGACGGCGGAGUUGGUAUUGGCAUCAAAACCUCUCCACGCAGAGCAGCGAUUGAAAAGGCUCAGGCAGAGCUUAGGCAGGAGUAUGAUGUUCGCGAGGAAAGGAGAAGGGAGCUUGAAUUUCUUGAGAAGGGUGGCAAUCCUUUGGACUUUAAAUUUGGCAAUGCUGCUUCAAUUAGCGUCCAGUCCACGUCACUCACUUAUCAUCAGGCAGAACAUGUUGUGACUAGCAAAGCUAAAGGUAGCUUCCCUUUGACUGCAUCACCCCAUGGGGAUUCUGUUGAAAGUAGUGGUCAACCUGGGCCUACGACAGUUUGCGAACCUAACAGUGCUGAUAAUUUUGAUGGUCAAAAUGAUUUGCUUGGAGGUGACCGAAACCGUAGGCAUCUCAUCAAAAGGAAUGGUGUUGCUCUGUCUGAGCAGUCAUUGCCAAUUGAAGGAGCUCAGAAUGCAAAAGAGUCUGAAGAUUCUGCUAUAGUUCGUCCAUAUGCUAGAAGGAAUAGGUCUAGGCCAAAUCGAGAUGGUACUAGAUCAAGUUCAGGUGAUGUGAUUCAGAGUUCUGGUGUCCAUGGAUCUUCCUUUCCCAGGGGAUCUAGGAAUAUUAAGUUGAUAUCUGAGUCAAACAAUCAGAAAGACAAUGCAGUCCCCUCUGCCUGUAAGCCCAAACCUACAACUUCAAAUGGGGAAAUGAUCCCCCAGAUGGUGGAAGUGCAGCCUCUGCAGGCAACUGAGGCGCCUAAAAGUAGUCCUGUUGAUAAAUUGGAUGCGAGAGAGUCCAAUACUGUAAAAGAUAAGGAAAAAGAUCAACCUGUUGGGAUUGAUACUCGGAAACAACCAGCGGAUGAUACUGUCAGGAUAUGUGAUGAAAAUGUUAGAAAUGAACAAGUAGUUUCAGUUGGUCUUGAGUCUUCGCCUUGUGUAGCUGUGGAGAGAUCAGAGGUUGAAGCUGGUUCUGCACUUUUGAAUGACUUCAGGGACCAGAAAGCAAAUGAAAAUGUUGGUCAAAAUGUUGGUGCCACUAAAGUGACUAAGGGAUUGGAUUCAGAUUCUUCUUGCACCCCAAGUAGCCUUAGCUUAGAUGUAAAUAAUGGAAGCAGUUUGUGUAUUAACCAUAGGGAGGAGGAUUCUAACAAAGUUUAUUUGAAACAAGCAACAGAGAUUAAAGGAACACAGAAUUCAGCUGCUGCAGAAACUUGUAAAGAUAGGGAUGAUAGUGCCGCUGUAGGGAAUAAUGCUUCUGGUGAUGCUGGCAUCAACUGUACGUCUAAAGGUGCUUCUGCUAAUGGUGUGGCAGCAAAAAUAGAAGAUAUUGAAAAGUCUUCUGGUCCUCAAAAUGGGGAUAAAUGCACCCAAAAUCUUGAAGAAAUACAUCAAAAUGAGAUUACUGAACCUGUGAGCAUUGAAAAUGCUGUUACAUCAUUGGAUAAUGAGUUGAUCUCCAACAGAGUAAAUGCUGGCUCUUAUGUAAUGGAGAACCCUUCAGAUCUCUCCUUGCAGCAGGAGCAACUGAAAUCUCAAUUGCCGGAAAACAGUUCUGCUUCUGCUGCUGAACUUCAUUCUUAUCCGGACAUCAAGAUAAACAGGGCCCGUGAAGAUUCUAUAUUGGAAGAGGCACGGAGUAUAGAGGCUAAGAGGAAGAGGAUUGCUGAAUUAUCUCUUGGAGUAGCACAGGUGGAGGCCCGGAAAAUGUCUCACUGGGAAUUCGUCCUUGAAGAAAUGGCUUGGUUGGCUAAUGAUUUUGCACAGGAGCGUCUUUGGAAGAUGACUGCUGCUGCACAAAUAUGCCGGCGUGUGACACUUACUUCUCGGUUGAGAGUGGAGCAACAAAAUCAAUGUUUAAAGUUACAAAAAGUCUCCUACACCCUGGCCAAAGCAGUGAUGCAGUUCUGGCAGUCGGCAGAAAUGCUUCUGUGUUCUGAUAAAAGUCAUGGUCCAAUUACAGACAUUGAUGAGGACAAACCUGCUGCUGUAAAGGUUGCAUGCAAAGAAUUUGAGCAACAAAGUCCCAGAAAGAAUGAUAUUAAGGGAUAUGCUGUGAGAUUUUUGAAAUUUAACAGCUCUCCAGUUCCUGCAAUUCAAGCAGAACAGCCUACAACUCCAGAUCUAGUAAGCGAUGCUGGAGUUAUGGAAGUUUCAUGGGAUGAUCACUUGACUGAAGAGAGCUUGUUCUAUGCCGUUCCUUCAGGUGCAAUGGACUCCUACAGAAGCUCAAUUGAAUCACACUUGGUUCAGUUCGAGAAAACAGGCAGCAGCAUGCAAGAGGAAGGUGAUACAUCCAUGCUUGAUGCCGGACCAGACUUUGGACAUCCUGAGAAUGGAUAUGAUGAGGAUGAAGGUGAAACUAGUACAUAUUAUUUGCAUGGAGCAUUUGAAAGUAGCAGGCCAAGGAAACAUGAUCAAAAGAAAAGGACACACUCACUGAAAUCAUUCCCAACAAGAUCAUAUGAAGUGGGAACUGAUGUGCCAUAUGGAACUGUGGGUCCUCAAAAUACAUUGAUGGGGAAACGACCUGCUAGUAACCUUGGCCCAAUUCUACCAAAGCGUAUGCGCACUGCUUCUCGGCAGAGGGUUAUUAGUCCUUUUAGCAAUGGAGUUCCUACAGGUCCAUCUGCUCCAGCAAAGACAGAUGCUUCAAGCGGAGACACAAGCUCUUUUCAGGAUGAUCAGAGCACCUUGCAUGGUGGUUCACAAAUCCAAAAAGGCAUGGAGGUUGAUUCUAUUAGCGACUUUGAAAAACAUCUCUCUUAUGAUUGCUCAGAUAUUAUGACAAAGCCAAAGAAGAAGAAGAAGUCUAGGCAUCUGGGUUCUGCUUACGAGCAGAGGUGGCAGCAUGAUUCAACCGCUCUUGUUGAACAGAGAGAGCACCAGAAAAAGCGACUGGAGAAUCAUCAUUUUGUCUCUAACGGAAAGAGUGGUCUAUAUGGGCAACACACUUGGAAAAAGCCAAAGAUGCUGAAGCAAUCACUAGAUGCCUAUGACAAUGUAGCUCCAUCCACUGGGUCUAUUCCUUCCCCAGCAGCUUCCCAGAUGAGUAAUAUGCCCAGCACAAAUAGGUUUAUGAGACUGAUCAAUGGCAGGGACAAAGGAAGGAAACCCAAGUCCUUGAAGAUUUCUGUUGGCCAGCCUGGUUUUGGAAGUCCAUGGUCCCUCUUCGAGGAUCAGGCACUUGUCGUCCUUGUACAUGAUAUGGGUCCUAAUUGGGAGCUUGUAAGCGAUGCUAUCAAUAGCACUCUUCAUUUUAAGUGCAUAUUUCGUGCACCGAAAGAGUGCAAGGAGCGGCAUAAAGUUCUGAUGGACAAGGGUGCUGGAGAUGGUGCUGACAGUGCUGAAGAUUCAGGGACUUCGCAAUCAUAUCCGUCAACCUUGCCUGGCAUCCCGAAGGGUAGUGCUCGACAGCUGUUUCAACGCUUGCAAGGGCCGAUGGAAGAGGAUACUCUGAAGUCCCAUUUUGAAAAGAUUAUUAUGAUCGGCAAGAAGCUGCAUUAUGGGAGGAGUCAGAAUGAUACCCAGGAUCCUAAGCAAAUACCAGUUCACAAUUCUCAUGUGAUUGCUCUUUCCCAAGUUUGCCCAAAUAACCUAAAUGGAAGCAUCCUAACGCCUAUUGAGCUGUGUGAUAUGGAUCCUUCAAGUCAAGACAUCCUUGGGUAUCAAGGGUCUCAUGCUAGUGGUUUGCCAAUGCCAAGUCAAGGUGUUGUUGGAUCAACGCUUCCUGCUUCUGCUGUGAAUCCUAGCGUGCAAGGAUCCUCAGGCAUGGCUCUAAGUAACAAUACAUCGUCACCAUCACCAUCUGGAUCGCUCCCUGCUUCUUCUAGGGAUGGUAGAUUCAGUGCUCCAAGAACGUCUUUACGUGCUCACGAGCACCCAAGAACACAACAUUUUAACCAAAUGUUGCCAGGAAGAAGCCUGCAGCAGUCUAACCUUUCUGUUUCUGGCCCUCUACCUGGUGGAAAUGGUAUGGGCAUGAUGCCUGGGUUGAAUAGAAACAUGCCAUUAUCGAGGCCUGGUUUUCAGGGAACCCCGCCACCGGUGUCAAAUUCUAGUAGUAUGCUUUCGUCUAGUGUGAGUGGGAUUCCAGGUGGAGUAAAUAUGCAAUCUGGAACAGGGUCAGGCCAAUCUAACUCAUUGACGAGACCACGCGAGCCAUUGCAUAUGAUGCGGAAAUAUUCUUCAGGCCACCCUCAGCCACAGCACCUAAUGUCUCCACAACAGCCUCAUGUGCUAGGAAAUCCUCAUCUUCCAGGACCAAAUCAGGCCACGGCUUCACCCCAGCAAGCAUAUGCAAUCCGUUUAGCUAAAGAAAGGCAGAUGCACCAGCGAUUUCUUCAACAACAGCAACAGCAGCAGUUUACUACAUCUAGCACCCUCAUGCCACAUGUCCAACCGCAACCUCAGCUUCCCGUGACAUUGCCAAUGCAAAACACUCCCCAGAUUCCACCGCAAACAUUACCGCAGCCAGUUCCAUUGACGCAGUCAUCCCCAAUGUCAGUGCAGCAGCAGAAAGUCAACCUAACCACCCAUCAUGGGCCGAACAGAAACCCACAGGGUAUUACUAGUAAUCAGAUGGGUAAGCAACGCCAACGACCGCAGCAGCAACAACAGUUUCAACAACCUGGGCGUGGUCAUCCACAGCAGCGACAGCAGCAUCAGUCCCAAUCUUCACAACAGAAGCAUGCAAAAGGUAUAGGUAGAGGGAACAUGAUUGUCCAUCAGAACCAACCUGUUGAUCAUUCUCAUAAGAAUGGCAUUUCCAUUGCCAUGGGUAACAAAGGGGCAGAGAAAGGUGACCAAAUUAUGCAGCAUUUGAUGCAAGUUGGUCAAGGUUUAUAUUCUGGUUCUGGAUUAGCACCACCACAACCAUCAUCGAAGCCAGGAGUGUCGCCUCAAUCCUUGAACCAUCCACAGCCUCAGCAAAAACAAUUUCCUGGUUCAUCACAGCACUCGUCAAAACAGCUACAGCAGAUGCCCUCGUCUCAUUCUGAUAGCAGCUGUCAAGGACAGGUCCCGUCGUUGUCAGCUGGUCAUGCACAAACAGGCUCUCACCAAGGUGCUAUGUCAGCUGUUAGUUGUUUAAAUAAGCAGCAACACCAAAAGCAUCAGGCUAAUCAAGCUCAAUCGACAGUUCAGAGGACGGUUCAACAGAAAUGUAAGAAGAAUUCAGGUUCACCAACCAAGCCACUACCAGAUAAGCACGAUCAACAGUCACCCGACACUGUUGCACAGAUGGGUACCAGUGCGACUACAGCGCCUGUGGUCAGUAAUGAUUCAGCUAAUGUAGUUUCUGUUGGUACUUCUGGUGUUCAAGCACCAUGGAUUGUGUCUGAACCUACUUUGUACGAUUCUGUUAAAACCACCCCUGCUUCCCAAGUGGAUCCUAUAGGGAGCAUGUCUCUUCAAAAUACAGCGGCUGGGGAGCCAGUGACCUCUGCCAGCCAAGGCUUAGGCCAACGACAGUUGUCUGGAGGUUUUUCCCAACAGGGGCAAAAUCAUGCAGCUAAGUGGCAGCAGCAACCACAACCACAAGUCCAACAGUCAACAGCUACUCCAUCUCAGCAGAUAAUACAGCCACAGGAGCAACCCGUACUGCAGGAAGAACAACGUUCACCACAGUUACAGAAGCCACCUCUGCAACAAACACACGUUCAAACUGGGCAAGACAGUUUGUAUAGUAGACCGAGCAAUGCUAAGCUGGAAUGAAAGGUCUUGCUGGAUGUACGUAGUUCCAGUAGCCGGUAGCACGGCUUGGGUUUGCAUGCUCUUAUAGCAGCAUUGUACAGGUACAUACAUUCCCCCAUACAGUAAAUCGCUUCUGCAUGUUAGGUGUCAUUCGUUCCGUGGAGUGACUUGAUUAUAUUGGUUCAUAAAAGGUGGGAAAAGUAACUGUGGCUUACGUGGCAUUAAUACAGACGAAGCUGGUACCUGGAAGGGCAUUGCAAAGCAGGGAAAAGGAUCUUGGUCGGCCUUGGCGCUGUUCGCUCAUUGCAGGACCAAUUUUAUUCUUACCCUCGUCUUUUUUUUUUUUUGACAUUUUCCCCAAAAAUGUGGGGAAAUUCCAUGUAAAUUACCACUGGGGGGCUAGAGUAGAGCAGUGUGGGGGAAGAUGGAGACAAAUAGAGAGAGGUAUGUGUACAGGGUCUUAGUCUCUCCAUUCCUUUUCUCUUGCAUCUCUCCCUCUGCCUUUUUUGGCUGGUUUCUCUGCUUUGUCCUGAAUGCGCAAAGAGGGGGGAAGGCUGCCUUUUUUUUGUAUAAAUAAAUAUUUUGUUAAUUAGUAGACUUUCUUCCAGGUAGGUUAGUAAUAGCAAUCAUGUAUUAUUAACGAUUAACACAGUUGAAGAAUUAAGUUGGCAGUGAUCAAUUAUCAGUGGGGUAAGAGAAGACAAGAGCCUUGGUAAAGGAACAAAAAGAAGGCAGUUUUGUGGAUACAAGGAGGAUCUCUUGAAUGUUUGUUUGUACAACAGAAAAUAAUCCAUGUUAGCAGUAGAGGUAUGUGCCUUUCUAACUGCGAUCCUGUCUUUUACCAUCUUUUUCUAGGUUCACGUUGUCAUUAAAGCUUGUGAUAUUAG